AUGUUGACGCCGUUGGCUACGCUACUGCUCUGCACUUUGCCGUUAGGCGCUUGCAACAACACCAACUCGGUUGGCUCAAGUUUCGACGCGGUGUUAGGGCGCACUUUACGGUACCAUCACAUAGCAAAUGUGGCAAUAUUUAUAGGCGACAAAGAUGAGCACCACACUGCGCGCAACGCUAUACUUGACAGCUUGGAAAGACAACUGCCGGCGCCGCGUUAUAUCUUCACUGCCGCUGACACGUCUAGGCCGCCGGGCAAUACCUUACGUCAUCACAUAGCGAACGAUGCGCUCAGCGUUGUGUUAUGUGCCGCGUCCGCGGAUCACAUUUGGCGCGUGGUCGAUCAGCGUUUGCGUAAGCUACGGCGCACAAAGCUCAUUGUAGUGGCGACGAGUACGUCACUUGAACCAUUGAACGUGUUUGCCAAACUCUGGCAAUUACAAUUCUUACAUGUCGUGCUGCUGUGCAACAAUACCGUUUACCGUUACACGCCAUUUCCGCAGAUACAUGUGUAUCAGGUGCAUAAUCGCAGCGCCGAUCUCUUUCCACCAGCGCCGACCAAUCUGCAAGGCUAUACGCUCUCCACGCCCGCCGAGAACGAUUUGCCGCGCAUAUUCUUUGUGCGCCAACAGCGUGAUAAUGCCACCAAGAUACGCGGUUUUGCCUAUCAGAUUUUUGUGAAUUUCGUGCGUCGCAUGAAUAUGACGCUGCGCAUCAGUAAUCCCAAUCAGGUGCACGACAUUACGAGCAGCGUCAAUAUGAGCACUAUAGUGCAAGAAAUCGCCAAACAGAAAUUGGAGAUAUCCAUACAUCCGUAUACGAGCAUUCGGGAGCAUCAGGGCAUCAUGAGUUAUCCGAUCUUCAAGUUGGAGUGCUGUCUCAUUGUGCCGGUACAGAAUGAGAUACCGCGUUGCUUGUAUCCCGUGCGUCCGCUCAAAUUAGGUAGUUGGCUGGUGAUAUUCGCCGCUGUGGUCUAUAUCUCAGUGACGCUGGCGUGGACAAGUCCGUGUGUGCCGCGUGAAGCGCCAUUUCUAACUAAACUCUCGCGCACUUUUCUCGAGAGCAUAGCUCAAGUGGUCUUUUUGCCGUCGACCUAUCCGAGUCAUCAGCCAUCGAUGCGCUAUUUGUUGGUGUACCUACAGUUGGCGCUUUUCGGCUUUCUGCUCACCAGUUGGUAUAAUAAUUUGCUUAGCAGCUUCUUCACUACCGUGCUGGUGGGCGAACAAUUGGACACCUUCGAAUCGUUGAUCGAGGCACAGCUACCCAUACUAACUAAAUUCCACGAGAUCGAUAUGGUGUUGGAGCAAGUGCCACCGGAGCUGGUACUGAAAGUGAAGCGAUUAAUUGUCGGCUCGAAUUCGAGCGUGCAAAUGGCGCAUCUCUUAAAUUUUAACAACUCCUACGCCUAUCCGGUCACUGAGGAGCGUUGGACUUUUCUCUCACUACAGGAACAGUAUGCAAAUAAGCCGAUUAAUCGGUUUUCGAAAAUCUGUUUGGGUAGCCCAUGUAUAGGUUAUCCGAUGCGUCUGGAUUCACAUCUAGAGGAACCGCUAACACACUUUAUAUUGGACGUGCAGAUGGCUGGCUUGGAUUUUUACUGGUUGCGGUCGGACUUUAAAGAUGCUCUGCUAGCCGGUUACGUGAAGCUGGUCAAUAAUGUGUUCCCCUUUAAGGCCUUGGACUUGUAUACGCUCUACGCAGCUUGGGUUGUGCUGAUUGCUGGGCUGAGUAUAGCGUCCUUUGUGUUUCUAUUGGAGAUACGUGGCGUUUGCGGAAUAAAAGUAUCGAGAAGUGAACGAAGUACAGAGCAGUGGUUUAGUGGAUUGAACCGCGUUGAAUAA